AUGGCCGCCCCCGGCGGGAAGAGGGAGCCGCCGGACGCGGUGCAGCAGAACCAGUUGGCUCUGGGGCUGCCGGCAUCGAGCAGGGGCGGGCCCCGCAGCACCCGAGGAUGCCAGCAAUGGACAGGGAGAGGGUGUCUAAUUCACCUGCAUCCUUUCUUUCCAGUUCAGAUGAUCACCAAGAAGCUUAUGUCUUGGCAUGAUAAUAUAGCAGAGCCAGCAGAUGCCAAGUUUCUGAAUCUUAUUCACCACGCAGCACUGGAGCCAAGAAAGAAAUAUUCAGAGCCGCAAACUGAAAGCCAAGAAAUUGGCUGGAACACAACACCUUUGAUUCACACAGACCGUUCUGACCGCAGACUCUACUUCCCACGCCGGAAAACCGAUGUCACUAAAUAAACAGCUGCCAUGGAGCAAGGAGAGGAGCAGUCUGAGAACCUCCAAUAG